AAUGGUCGUGUCGCGCUGUCAUAAAGUUGAUCAGGUGGCCAGGACAAGGACAAGAUAGGUCUGGGUCGGUUCGGGCCGAGAGUCGACCGACGAUCAGCACCCGUUCGGCCAGUCAUAGCAUUUGCUGACUAUGAAGAAGUAUAAUUAGUUAGUUAUAGGGGCAUAUGAGGUGCAUGGACCUUCACAGCCUUAUCAGCGGAAGAUGACAUACCCCGCUUUUGCUCGCCAGAAAUGCCCAACAUGUCUUCGAACCCAUUUCCUUACUCCUGGUUCGCUAUUGUACUCGUCUGCGAGAAGAUCUGAUUUUUAUGGUGUGUCUGUCAACAUGGAUGGUCUAUCCUCGGCGGCGAGCGUUAUCGCCGUUAUUCAACUGACCGGAGGCCUCGUGAAGCUUUGCGGAGGCUAUAUCCAAGAGGUAGGAAAUGCACGGGAAGAAAUUCUCACCCUGCAGCGGGCAAUUACAGGUCUUCAAGAUACACUUCAAGACCUGCAGAACAAUCUGCAAGAGAAUAAGGCAAAAGGCCUAUCUACGUCCUCACGACUACCUAGCAAUAUUACUGCUUGCCUCUCGGAUCUCCAAGCAUUAGAAGCGAGACUCGAUCCAGGAAAGGGAAAAACGCUGAUGAGGAAAAUGGGCUUACGAGCCUUGAAAUGGCCCUUGAAACACACGGAGGUGGAGGGCCUAACACAGAACCUCGAGAGAUAUAAGUCAUUAUUCCUCUUAUCUUUACAGGUGGACCAGACUUCCCUGAUGAUUAGUUUGGCCCAAAAUACGGAUCGGAUCAAUCAACAUAUUGAUCUUGGGAAGUUGGAAGGCGCAAUAGAUGCAGGAUUUGAGUCAUUCUCCGAUCGCGACGAAGUCGAAUGUCUCCCAGGCACAAGAACCGAACUCCUCCGGGAAAUAACAGAGUGGGCUUUUUCGCCAUCCUCGAAAAGUAUGUUCUGGUUGCAGGGGAUGGCUGGAACAGGGAAAUCCACAAUCUCCCGGACGGUGGCAAGGUCGGCCAAGAAUCGUAAUCAUCUGGGUGCCAGUUUCUUUUUUAAGAGAGGCGAGGCGGACCGAGGGAAUGCAAAGAAGUUUUUCCCAACGUUGACCAGGCAACUGAUACUGUGGAAACCAGAGUUAAGAGCUGGCGUGCAAAAGGCACUUAACGAUGACCCUGACAUCACGUUGAAAUCACUCAGGGAGCAAUUUGAGAAGCUACUCCUUCAUCCAUUGCUCGGUCUUGACCAACGCGAUCAACUGCCUCAGAAUACUGUGAUUGUUAUAGAUGCUUUGGACGAAUGUGAGCAUGACCAAGAUGUUCAAAAUAUUAUUCGAUUGCUCUCUCGUCUGCAGGAGGUAAAAUCACUUUGCCUUCAGGUCUUCCUGACCAGCUGGCCAGAGCUCCCCAUCAGCCUUGGGUUUUCAGAGAUCGGGAACCAUGUAUAUCGGGACCUAGCCCUUCAUGAGAUACCUGAAGAGGUGACAGAACACGACAUACAGUUAUUUCUACAACAUCAAUUUAUGAAAAUCCAGCAUGAUAGAAAAGUCCCUCAGGACUGGCCUGGCAACAAUAUUAUCCAAGAGUUAGUUAGGGUAUCUGUUCCACUGUUUAUUUCGGCUGCCACCGUGUGUCGCUAUAUUGAGAAUCCAAAAUGGGAACCAAGAUUACGUCUCGCAGAGCUUCUCAAGAACCAAGCCAAAUAUGUGUCUAAAAUGGACAAGACAUAUCUGCCAAUUCUGACACGACUCCUUGAUGACCAAGAGAGUGAUGAGAGAGAACAACAGCAACUUCUACAAGAGUUUCAGGACAUUAUAGGAGUUAUCAUUCUUCUUGCUGUUCCGCUUUCUGUAAACACACUAUCUCCAUUUCUUGAGAUAGAAGUGGACCAGAUCAGCAACCGAUUGGAUUUCUUUCGGUCGGUUCUUAACAUCCCCAACAACGAAAAUCAGCCUGUUAGGAUUCUGCAUCUCUCAUUUCCGGAAUUUUUGGUCCAGACAACAACCAAGUUUCGUGUGGAUGCGCCAACCAAGCACAAAGAUGUUGCAAAAUCCUGUCUGAGAACUAUGCGGCGUCUUCUACAGAGAGAUAUCUGCAAUCUAGCAGACCCUGGAGCGCGUAGAGCAGAGAUCAACUCUCUGGAUAUCCACCAAUAUCUACCAUCGGAAUUGCAAUACUCCUGUCAGUACUGGGUACAUCAUCUCAAAAAUAGCCACGCUUUAUCUUCUGACAUAGAAGCGGUGCGGCUGUUCCUCCAGAAACAUUUUCUUCACUGGAUGGAAGCGAUGAGCCUGCUGGGUCUUAUAUCAGAGAUGAUGGGUAUGCUCGAUAUUCUCCGAACGAUGGUGUCAGACCAUAAUAAGAAUUCUAGUCUGGCCGCCUUUCUAUAUGAUGCAAAGCGGUUUGUUCUGAAAAGUCGACAGAUAGCUGAUGAAGUGCCACUUCAAAUUUAUUAUGCAGGGUUGGUAUUUGCACCUCGAACAGCAAUAAUUUGUGAGCAGUUCCAAUCAGAGCUUCCUGAUUGGAUCUGCCGCUUCCCACAAGUUCAUGAGAACUGGAGUGCAGAAUUGCAGACGCUCGAGAGCCAUACAAGCUCAGUCCGAUCUGUGGCCUUCUCACCCGAUGGCCGGCUACUGGCGUCUGGCUCAGUGGAUAACACAGUACGCUGGGACCCGGCGACAGGCGCUCUCCUACAGACGCUUGAGGGCCAUACUGACACAGUUUGGUCCAUAGCCUUCUCACCCGAUGGCCGGCUGCUGGCGUCUGGCUCGGAAGAUAAGACAGUACGGUUCUGGGAUCCAGCCACGGGCGCUCUACAGGAAAUCUUAACCACUGAUGAUGUUGUCACGGGGCUCGAAUUUUCGCACGAUAGCUCCUAUCUCCGUACUAACCUAGGAUCGAUCAAGAUUCAAUCCAGCUGUGGCAACCCUACCCCUAGUUCAUCCAAUAUAGGCCCACAGAUAUCUGUAGAGAGUGAAUGGAUAGCUGCAAACGGGAAAAAGGUCUUAUGGCUCCCUCCUGAAGCCAGGCCUUCCUGUUCAGCGACUAAAUCCAAAAUACUUGGUUUGGGACAUGCGUCAGGCCGGAUUUCUUUUUUUAGGAUUCUGGAAAUAAUCAAUAUCACUUGAUGUUCGUUUUCCGACUUCGUAUAUUUUCAAGUAUCUUUACAAAAGAAGGGAUGGGGACAGAAUUUAUCUG